UAUUUUUGAUAUCUGUAAACACUUUUUUUAUCUGUCACUCUUGGGAAAACAGAAAUAAAGAAAAGGCGAAUUGUUGGAAAUAAUAAUGGUGUUUUAAUUAAUAAAAUCAUCCAAACAAGAAAAGAGAAAGUCCUAGAUAAACUCAGUUUUUUUACACGUGGCGACCCUGCUUAAAAAACCAGAAAAAAGGCUGAGAUGGCGGAGGAAAAAGGAGAUAUCCCAGAUCUAAAAGCCAAGGUGAGGACAGUCUCGAGACGCCAUUUUUCUAAAUCUGCAAAUGUGUUAGAGUCUUUAAUAAAUGCUUGUCGCAUGGACGUCAGCAAACAAGAAGAGAUGCAAGCAUGUCAUAGAGUUGUGAAAGAUAACUACAUUCAACUCACGAAUUACGACACCGAAAUUCAGCAUGCAAUCAUUUCAUCGGAGCCUUUCGAUGAGGUUCGGUUAGAAAAUGAAAUAUCUGACGCUGGAAAAUACCGUGCAAGGUGGAGCUUACUUGACACCAAGUACAGCAAUUUAUUAAAAACAUUCACGAAAUCGAACCACGAGGCAAAUGAAAAUAGACGCUUCAAACUACCAACGUUAGAUGUCAAAAAAUUCGACGGCCACAUAAAGAAUUGGUUACCAUUCUGGGGUCAAUUUAAGAAAAUCGAUGCUGAUGAUUCCAUUGACGAAUGUGACAAACUGCAAUAUCUGUGCCAGAGCAUGGAACCCGGCACAGGUGUAAGGAAGUUUGUCGAAAAUUUUCCCAUUCAACAAAAAAGCUACAUAAGUUGCUUGGAGGAACUAAAAUCGAGGUAUGCCAGAGAGGACUUACUUAUACAGCUGUAUGUUAGAGAGUUGUUAACACUGGUUUUGAAGAAGGAGAACAAUUUAACCUAUUUGUAUGACAACAUCUGCAGCCAUCUUAGGUCCCUUGAAGUUCUAAAUGUUACCAGCGACAAAUAUUCACCUUUCCUGCUGCCAAUUGUGGAGUCAGCUCUACCCUCUGAUAUUUUAAGAGUUUGGGAGAGACAGAAGCCUGACAAGGUAGGUGAUGAACUCAGCAGUCUGUUGGAAUUUAUUAAAAAGGAAGUAGAGACCAGCCAACGCAUUACACUGGCUAAUGAUUUUGAUGUAACUUCCACUAAAGCUGAACCAACAGCAGCAUGCUUGACAGUUAAUAAUCAACCUAUGGCCAAGAAGCAGGUUGAAUCAAAAUGUAUUUUCUGUGAUCGAGGACAUCCAAGCACUGAAUGUUUUAAAGUAGCAAAUAUGUCUGUGGAAGAACGGAGAGAAUUAUUAAGAAAGAAAAAAGCAUGUGCAUUGUGUUUAAAAAUGGGACACCAUGCGAAACAGUGCAGAAGCUUUGUAAAAUGCUUCAUUUGCAAGCAAAGACAUUCAGCUUUACUGUGUACCGGCAGACAGAAACCUAAUGAAGAGAAAGUUCCAGAGCCUGCAACUACAGUUCAGAAUUACUCAGCUAACACUACUUCAGUGACUACACUUCUUCAGACAGUUGCUGUGAAUAUCUGCCAAGGAGAAGAGUCAGUGACUGUCAGAGCAUUAUUCGACAGCGGUUCACAACGGUCAUACAUCAAGGAGGAAGUGAUGAAGAAGCUUGGAGUGCAACCAGUGGGAACUGAAGGACUGACACACUCUUUGUUUGGUGGUAAUAGUAUGUCAUUUAAGAAUUAUAAUAAUUAUGGUAUAACAGUACAAAGCAUUGAUAAAACUUUUAAUGUAAAUUUAACGGCCUUAGGCCAAGAAACAAUUUGUAAAAAUGUACCUAAAGUCAAUAUGAAUAAUAAAACGUUAUGUGAAUUGUUGAAAAGAAACCAAAUCAUAUUGACAGACAUAAAUGAGAGUUCAGACAUAGGUCUUCUGAUAGGUGCUGAUUAUUCAGGCUUGUUACUCACUAACAAUUUUAUACAGCUGGGGUCUGGUCUGACUGCAAUUAAAACAAACCUUGGAUGGACAUUACAGGGUAAGAUUCAGGAUGCAAUAAUAAACACGAAUAUGGUUUCUUCUUUAUUAUGUUUGCAGAGUGUACCAGAUUUUUGGAAUCUUGAGAUUUUAGGCAUUCAAGACCCGGUACACAUACAAUCCAAGCAGAAAAAGGAAGAAGAGGUCCUGAAGAGUUUCGAAGACAGUGUCCGAAGAAAUGAGGAGAACAGGUAUGAGGUGCAGCUUCCAUGGAAAGAUGGACAUGAUUCUCUACUGGACAAUCGUGAGAUAGCCUUUCGACGUUUGGAAUCUGCAACAAAUAAAUUAAAAACAUGUGGUAAGUUCCAAGAUUAUAACGAUAUUUUACAGGAAUGGGAACGUACUGCCAUUAUUGAACCUGUACCUCCUACAAGCAAUAAGAAGAGUAAUGUACACUACUUACCUCACAGAGCUGUAUCAAAGGAGUCAAGUCUCACCACUAAGUUGAGACCAGUAUAUGAUGCAUCUGCAAAAGAUAAAAAUGGUAAGUCAUUAAAUGCUUGUUUAGAAAAAGGUAUGAAUUUUAUUGAUAAAAUACCUGAUUUGUUAAUUGGAUUCCGCAAGGGUUUGAUAGGUGUUUCUGCUGACAUAGCAAAGGCCUUUCUACAAAUUUCAAUAAACCCAGAUGAUAGAGACAACCUUAGAUUCCUAUGGUGGAAAGACUUCGAGAGACGUGAGAUUAUAGAGUACAGACAUUGUAGAGUAGUUUUUGGUCUGACUUCGAGCCCAUUCUUACUGUCAGCAACAAUUCAACACCACCUGGAACAGAUAAGAGGUAAGUAUAAAGAGACAGCGGAUAUAUUAGCUAGCUCCUUCUAUGUUGAUAAUUUAGUAAUAAGCCAAGACACAGAAGAAGCAACAUUAAACUUCAUUAAUGAGGCAAAAGAGAUAAUGCAAGAAGCGAAGUUCGAUUUGAGACAGUGGGUUACUUCUCCCCUGAAAAUUAAUGAAACUGAAAAAAGGGUAAUUUCAGUUUUAGGUAUAAUGUGGGAUACUGUCACUGAUGAACUUUUAUGCAACCUUCAAACAUUACCCCAUCCAUCACAGAUAGGUAAAUUAACUAAACGAAGUAUCCUAUCAUUAACACAAAGAAUUUUCGACCCUAUAGGAAUUCUAUGCCCUAUAACACUAGUUCCACGAUUAAUAUUGCAGGAGAUAUGGAACAAAAAAUUAGCAUGGGAUGAUGAGCUGCCCUCCAAUAUUGAAACUCAAUUUCACGAAUGGUAUGAUAAUAUGUAUUUACUGGAAAAUUGCAGAAUACCAAGAAGUCUGUCAACCGAACCGCUACAGGAAUGCAGUGAUGUGAGUCUCCAUUUGUUCGUUGAUGCAAGCAAAGAUGGAUAUGCUGCUUGUGUUUUCUUGAGAACUGUGGAUAGCAAAGGUAAUGUGACCAUCCGUUUAGUAUCUGCAAAGUCAAGGAUAUCAACACCAGAGAAAAUUACUAUACCACGUUUAGAGUUGCUUGCGGCUCUUAUCGGCUCACGAUUAAUAAAAGGAGUGAGAGAAAAGUUAAAAUUGAAUAAUAAUUAUAAAGAAUAUUGUUGGAGUGAUAGUGGAGUAGCACUAUGUUGGAUAAAGAGACAAUUACUGUGGAACAACUAUGUAGGAAACCGGGUCAAAGAAAUCCGUCAAAAUACUGAGAUUGAUAAUUGGCAUCACAUUCCAGGCCAAGCUAACUGGGCAGAUCUGCCAUCCAGAGGUUGCAACAGUCGCCAACUGCUCGAGAGCAGAUGGUGGGAAGGCCCCCCAUGGCUACGACAACAGGCCGAGCUAUGGCCGCAUUCUGCGCUGGUGGUGGACGAGAAGGAAGCCUGCAAAGAACUCAGGAAAACUGUACAUGUUAAUACAUGUUGUAACGAGGGUAUGACACAGGACUUAUCAUAUUUUUCCAAAUAUUCAAAGAUUGUCAGAGUGACAGCAUGGAUGUUACGAUUUAUUUACAAUACUCACAACAAGAAAGAUAAGAAAAAAGGAGAACUCACCUUUGACGAAUAUGAAGCUGCUGAAAAGAAAUUAUUACAGAUUAUACAAGCAGAAAGCAAAGAUGAUAUACAAAAGCAUAUCAAGAAACUGACUACAUUCAAUGACAAUGAUAACAUACUCAGGAUAAAAACAAAAUUGAUACUUACAGAUUUUCCAGAGGAGGUGAAAACUCCAGCUGUUCUACCAGCAGAAAAUGUUAUCACGCGAAGAUUAGUUGAGCAGAGACAUUUACAACUGCUACAUGCUGGCACCAAUAUUAUGAUAACAGAUCUGAGGAAACGAUUUUGGAUCGUAGGUAUAAGGAGAUUAGUAAAAUCGGUCAUAGACAAAUGUGUGAUAUGCAGAAGACAUAGAGCAAAAGCUACUCAAGUAUCCACGGCACCAUUACCUAUUGAGAGAAUACAACCCCUAGCACCUUUUGAGGUAACAGGAGUAAAUCUAGCAGGCCCGAUAUAUCUGCGCGGCGAUCUUAAGAGCUGGAUUGUGAUAUAUACAUGUGCCGUAUAUAGAGCGAUACAUUUAGAACUGACACUAUCAUUGUCAACGGAUGCCUUCAUCAGAACUUUUCGCAGAUUUAUCGCUAGACGAGGCCGCCCUAAUCUUAUGAUUUCAGACAAUGGGACGAACUUUACGGGCACCAAGAAUCUGCUGACUAACUUGGACUGGGAUGAAGUGCAACGCGUGUCAUCUAUAAUGCGUAUAAAAUGGAAGUUAAACAGUCCUACUGCUGCAUGGUGGGGAGGAUUUUUUGAACGCAUGAUAAAAAUCGUAAAAAAUAUUUUGAGACGUGUUUUAGGUAUGUCUACUGUCUCCUACGAUGAAAUGGAAACCCUUCUCUGCGACUGCGAGUCUGUGGUGAACGACCGACCGCUCACAUAUGUCGAGGCGGACGACGCUGACGCACUUGAGCCGUUGCGGCCGUCAUGUUUCAUACAACCUUUACCGCAAUCGCAGGUAACCGAUUUUGAUAUUUUAGAUGCAAAAAGCAUGAACCAUCGCCUGAGAUAUCUGCACAAAAUACGGGGUGAACUCCGUACAAGAUUUAAUAACGAGUACCUGACUGAACUCGUCCAAAGAGGAAGAGAGAAGUGCGGCGGUAUAAAGGUUGGAGAUGUAGUUUUGGUUGAGUCGGAAGAGAGGAGGGUAAAAUGGCCACUUGGUUUAGUUGUCCAGGUUUACACAGGUAAGGAUGGAGUGGACAGGACUGCUAAGGUUAAAACAAUGGCUGGGUUUAAAGUACGCCCUUUCCAAAGGUUGUACCAAUUGGAACUUUCUUCUUCUGAGGUGGAAGAGAGACAAGAAGUCGCAGACGGACACAACUCAUUAGGUAAGCAAUAUUAUAUUGUUUUAAACCCUAGCAGCACAGUUAGCAACAAGAGAGCUGCGGUUGCAGAGCUGGAUGACGGGCCGACCAUCAGACAGAAGGCAGUCACGGCAACCAGACUUGGCCGAAUUAUUAAAUUGCCAAGCAAGUAUAGUAUUUAAUUUUUCCUUUACAUAUUUUACUGUCCAUAUUGUAAUCUGUUGUGAAACAAAUUUUGCUGUCUGUCAAUAUGAUUUGGUUAUAUUUUAAUACAAUAAGGUUGUAACAUGGUUAAGUAAUUUGUCAGGUGACAAAGUUUGAAUGAGGACUUGUUUUAAGUGUAUAAGAAUUCAGAGGCUGACUA